CCAGAGCAUCAGAGCCUCCUCGCGUCUCCAUCAUUCCUCCGUCCCGCAGAACCGAACACACACACCGAUACCGAGCCGAACACACAAACACCGAUACCGAGCCGAACAUACACACCGAUACCGAGCCAAACAAACACACACACACACACACACACACCGAUACAGGGAACACCGAGCCGAACACACACACACACACACACACACACACACCGAGCCGAACACACACUGAUACCGGGAACACCGAGCCGAACACACACUCUGAGCCGCACACCCGAUCCCGGCAGAUGGACGGAACACACGAGCUCUGACGGAGAUCUUCACUCGUGGAUGUUCGGCUCGGUUCGGAGGUUCGAUCGCUCGCUAUUGUUCGGAUGUGCGACGCUGAGAAUCAAAGAGUCCGAUUGAUUCCCGAGCGAACAUGAAUUAUUCUGCUCUCCGGUGGGGUUCAUGGCCGUGCUUCUUCAUCUUCAUCUUCAUCAUCGUUCAGAGGGCGGCUGCGUUCCAGGUGACGCUUCUGGACGGCGAGCGGAUGUUGAUGUCGCUGAACCCGGAGGACGUGCGGCCGGACGCGUCGGUGUACGCGGUGCGAGUGUCUGGGGAGCCACACACACACACACUGAUGUUCCCGCGACCCGCCGCCGGUCAGACGCUCCCGCCGCCGCUCGAGUUCAACGCCUCGUAUCAUGGCCUGUGUUACUCCGUCAGCCUGAUGAUCGGGAACCACAGCGCGUCCCGAGCCGCCACCACCCUCGCCGUGAUGACCCAGCCUCUUCCUCUAGACGCUGUGGAGAUGUCUGAUUACGGGCCGUCUCCAGAGACUGCUGUGGUGUUCCAGAUGCGUUCCCCGGAGCGGAGUGUCUUCAGCAGAGUGAACAUCAGCUUCAGCGAGGGCCGCACGCAGCGCUACAUGCUCUAUAAAGAUUUCCACAGAGGGAGGACGGUGUUCAAGCACUGGCUGUCGGGUGUGUGUUACAGCAACAUCUCCUUCCAGCUGAUCUCUGAGGCCACGGUCAACAAGAGCUCGAUGAUCAGCCGGAGCCCGGUCCUGCUCGCGCCCCGGCCGCACCGCACCGUCCCAAACCCUCCUCUCAACGUGUCCCUCAAGAUCCUCCAGCUCAGCGGAUCUGACCCGCACAGGGCCGUUCUGAAGGCGUCCCACAAUACAUCACUCCUCCGAAGGACACGUGACGUCCCUGCAACCGAAGAACAGGAGGGGGCGGAUCCUGACGAGGUGGGCGUCACCCAAACGCUCCUGAACGAGUCGGUAACCGACGGUGACAGCAGCACAACCGAACCCACACAUGACAACAGCACAGAACCUCUGUGGGCGGAGCCCGUGGGAAGCCCCGCCCCCACAGAGGAGGAGGAGGAGUUUGUCAACGCAGUGCUUCCAGAAUACGAGGACUCUAAUGAGCCGGGUUCAGCCAUGGAUGUGAACUUUGACCCCAGAGUGAGGCUGGAUGUGACCUUUGACCCCAGAGUGAGGCCCAAUCCGCUGUCAGUCCUGCUGGAGCUGCGCUGGUCUCCGCCGACGACACACACCUCGUUCGACGGGUUUAACGUCUACAUCUACCGCGACGGAAACUCCACGGAAACGGCCACAGUGGAUGAAAACACACACGAGUUCUUCAGCGAACUGUCGGAGCCGGGAACGUAUCGUGUUCUCGUCACCACACUCAGCUCGAGCGGAGACUGUGAGGCCCGGGAGAGUUCUGCCGACACCGGGGUCACCUUCUACCUCAGUCCGCAGGGCGAGUGGAUGGAGCAGCCUCAGGAGUGUCCUCAGGCGGUCAGUGUGAAGAUGUUGGACUCGAGCACGGCUAGCGUCUCCUGGGCUCCGGCGACUCACAGGUACAACGGGAGUCUGAUCUCAGUGCUGUCGCUCACCUGUCUGAGGCCCAGCAUCAGCCAGCGCAUGGAGAACACCUACUGCUCACAGGAGAACCUCACCAGUGACAUCAUCAGCAGCCUGACUCCAGGCGCUCAGUACAGAGUGGUGGUUUAUCACACUAACGGGCCGCUCGUUAGUCCCGCCUCUGAACCCGUCAUCAUUGACAUAGAGCCGACGGGUGUUCGUGAUCUGGUGGUGUAUCCUCUCAGUCCCAGCGCCGUGAUCCUCAGCUGGCAGCGCCCGUAUAACGUGGCCUUCCGCAAGUACGUACUUCAGACGUUCUUCUUCAACUCGGCCACGCAGACGUCCCAGUGGACGACCUACUACGAGAUCGCCGCCACCGCCUCCGUCAUCGCCUCUGUGAGAGUGACAGAUCUGCUGCCGGCCUGGUAUUACAACUUCCGUGUGACGAUGGUGACGUGGGGCGACCCGCCUCUGAGCUGCUGUGACGGCUCCACCGUGAGCUUCGUGACAGCUCCCGAAGCUCCUCACAUCUCCUCGGUGGAAUAUUCCCACGGGACGCUGUUCGUGCGCUGGAACUACGGGGAUCUGUUCACCGACCUGUCGCACUCGCGCAUGUCACACUGGCAGGUGAAGGCGGAGGGGCGGAAGGGCUCGCGGAGACGCUACUCCAUCGACGUGAUUCGCAAUAUGAUGAAGGCAUCUCUGGCUCUUCCUCCUGGCGACAUCUAUAAUCUGACGGUCACCGCCUGUACCGAGAGAAGCUGCAACACGUCUGCGCCUCACAUCAUGAAGCUCGAACCGGCUCCUCCGAGGUCUCUGUACGCGGUGAACGCCAGCGACACGGCGAUCACUCUGAUCUGGGCCGAGGACGGCGUCGUGGACUUCUACCAGAUCGCAUGCAGGCCGAUGGGAAACGCCAGAGAACGCACAAAGGUCCGAGAGCCGAUGGUCACCGGCGCUCAUGUCGUGACUGUCUCGGGUCUUCAGCCGUCCACCGUGUACAACUGUACCGUGAUGAGCAUCAGCUUCAGCAGCUCCAGUGACCCGGCCCACAUCACCGUCAGCACGUCAGUGCGCGAGAUGAACCCGAGUGUGGCGGCCAUCUCUGCGCUGGCGGUUCUCAGUGUUCUGCUCAUCAGUCUCCUGGUGCUGUUCCUGCUGGUGUUACGCAAGAAACACAUGGAGCUGAGCCGGGAUUGCGGCGCUGAAACCUUCGUCAACUUCGCCUCGUUCGAGCGGGACGGGAAGAUGCCGUAUAACUGGCGCAGGAGUCUCUUUGCGUUCCUCACGCUUCUGCCAUCCUGCCUUUGGACUGACUAUCUUUUGGCCUUUUAUAUUAAUCCGUGGAGCAAAACUGCACUGAAGAAGAGGAAACUAACCAGCCCAGUUCAGCUUAGUGAUUUCGACGCCUACAUCAAAGACAUGAGCAAAGAUUCGGCGUACAAGUUCUCUCUGCAGUUUGAGGAGCUGAAGACUGUCGGUCUCGAUCUGUCUCAUGAAGCUGCUGAUCUGCCCGUCAACAGACCCAAGAACCGCUACACCAACAUCCUGCCCUAUGACUUCAGCCGCGUGAAGCUGAUCUCGCUGCACAACGACGAAGGCUCGGAUUACAUCAACGCAAACUAUAUUCCUGGUUACGGCUCUCCGCACGAGUACAUCGCCACGCAGGGGCCGCUGCCCGACACCAGGAACGAGUUCUGGAAGAUGGUUCUGCAGCAGAAGUCCAACAUCAUCGUCAUGCUGACCCAGUGCAACGAGCGCCGGAGGGUGAAGUGCGAUCACUACUGGCCGUUCACCGAGGAGCCGGUGGCGUACGGGGAGAUCACCGUGGAGAUGCUGUCGGAGACCGACUCGCCCGAGUGGACCAUCAGAGACUUCAGACUGGGAUAUGCUGACGAGACUCAGGAUGUCCUGCACUUUAACUACACGUCAUGGCCCGAUCACGGGGUCCCCACGGUCAACGCCAUCGAGAGCAUCUUACAGUUCGUGCAGAUCGUCCGGCAGCAGGUCAACAGAACCAAAGGCCCGAUCGUCGUGCACUGCAGCGCUGGAGUGGGUCGGACCGGCACGUUCAUCGCUCUGGACCGUCUGAUGCAGCACAUCCAGGAGCACGAGUACGUGGACGUCCUGGGCCUGGUGUCGGACAUGCGCUCGCACCGGCUCUCCAUGGUGCAGACUGAGGAGCAGUACGUGUUCAUCCAUCAGUGUGUCCUGCUCAUGUGGAAGAAGAAGAAGCAGCAGUCGCACACUAGUGAUGUCAUCUACGAGAACGUCAGCAAGUCCUAAUGAAGUCUGACUCACGACACCAUCGCCCGGCGCCCGCAGAGGAGACUCUCACACUCAUUUCCUCCCCAUACAAGCUCUUAUUUAACCACCAAACAAAUCAAAUGCCUUAAAAAGACGAGCUGCCUCGUUCUCCCGGCCCGACGGACCCAUCAGCAUCUAGUGUUUUAGUUUGUGUGUUAAUCUCAGGAUCAUCUGCGCUUGUUUUAGGCCGGUGUAAAGUGUGUGUUGUGAGUUUAUAUCGCACUCUGCCUGUAAUAGAGUUAGUUUUCACGUCUUCAGAAGAAGCCGAGCGGUUCGAAAACAGCGUUCUGGACCUUUAACCUCCAUCACUGCCACACACUGAUGCGCUCGAGCCGCUCGAGGGGUUCCGGACAGACCAUCGUAUCUGCCACUGUGUGGGAUUCUUCGAGUGUGUGUGAGUGAGUGGAAGUGUGUGAGAGAGUUUGAGUGAGUGGAUGUGUGUGUAAGCGUGUGAGUUUGAGUGUGUGAGAUAAAGCAACGAAAGAGGGAUUUUCCGAACAGACUGAUGACAUCUGAGGUCGACGCUGCGCUUCUGUGUGUUUCUGCUAAAGUUUCAUCACACACACAUCAGCCGAACCCCGACUUCGUCUGCACACACUGGAUUGUCACGGAGUUGAGCUCGAGUUCACACUCGUCGUCGACUCGUUCCAGUGGCAUUUGCACAAUUCCAGUGAAGCGGCUGCGGUCGGACUGAAUGUGAGCGUCCUCAUCAUCAUCAUCGUCACUGCUGAAUCUGACACUGAUGUCGUGUUGCAUGCUGCAAAAUGAAAGACGUGAGAUUAGUCUCAUCUUUAGGUUUAGAUUCGAGCUCAGAGUCCCAGCUGACAGGAAACGCUUCAGAAUUAAAAUCUCCUGAUAAUUUACACACACACACACACUUUCUUCAGUGGAAAAGAAAUUAAGAACACACUCCUGGAUUUCUCCAUAUAGUGACUGCACGUUCGCUCUGUAAACACUGGGUCGGUUCUUCAGUAUAUCCUAUAUAUACAGUAUAUCGGGAAAUUCAUAUCGCAAUUGCUUGCAAUAACUGCGGCCGUGACAAAAGACAGAAAAUCACUCACUGCGCUCGGCUGAAUCACUUUUGUAGCUUUAAUAAGAAUCAGUAUUUAAUAGAGUGAAAACUAAGCAGUGUUUAUUUUUGCAUUUGAUUAUUCAGUUUCGGUAGUGAAUGAGCCUAAUGUAGGAUAACCUGAACUUAUAACUCUUCUCAUGCUUCAGUAAAACACUGAUGUUCACUGUCACAAGUUGGAGGGAUGAUUUCUUGUCACAAAAAGAAUGUGAAACGCAUAUCUAGGUUAUAUCCUUUUAAAUACAUUUUACAUUUAUUUUUCACACUUUAAGCAGUAUCAUAUUCUAUCGCAUAUUUCUUCAAUAUUGUGCAGCCUUACUUUGAAGCUGCACUGAAACUCACAUCUGGACCUUCGACCCGUUGGACCCCAUUGAAGACACUAUAUGGAGAAACCCUGGAGUGUGUUCCUCAAAAACCUUUUCCACUGAGGAAAGAAAGACAUGAACAUCUUGGAAGACGUGUGUGUGAAUAAAUUUCUACGGAGAUUUUAAAUCUGAAGUGAACUAAUCUUUUAAUAGAACGUUCGUUCAAAGUUAUCUGGUCUUUAAUACUGUUCUCAACACAUUCAUGGAAAGUUUAGUUCUAAAAUAUUUUUAAAUGUUAAAUGAAACAAUGUAUCCUUGUUUCAGAAUGUUCAGAGAACAUUCGAAUGUAACGUUCCCGAAGAAUGAUAAAAUGGAAUGUUGAGCGUUUUUAAACAUUUGAAAUGCUUUUAGAGAACACUGAGAAACGGGAAGAUUCCGAACGAAACGUUCUUCGUUCCGUCAGCUGGGCCGUUAUUUCACAUCGCCUGUUCUGUCCAACACACGAGUGAGUUUACAAACGUCUCGAGUUUACAGGCUUGUUUCCCUCGUCUGAGAUGUGGGUUUUAUAAUAUCAACUAGGCACUGAGCUGUAAAUACUGUUUAUUUCAAGAAGAAAUGACAAAAGAAUUGCUGUACUGUGUUAAAAUGAACUGGAUCAUCUUGAUAAGAAGGAAACUGUGGAUUCGGAGCGGACGGGCCACUUCACUUGAUCAGUUUUCUUUCGUUUGUGUCCAGGUCAAACUCGUUUGUCUUUUGGUGCCAUUCUUGUGUAUUGUGUGACUUCAAGUAGCAGAGCAAUCCACAAUCGCCAUCAGAGUUUUAAUGUGUGUUUGUUUGGAAAAAAAUAAACGUUUGAACACGUAUUCCUAUGA